CUGCCCCCGUCCCAUUUGUUUCUCUAACUCACGAAUCCAUCCAUUCUGAUUCUACGUCUCUUGGUUCUAAUUUCUCCCAAUGACCGAUCAUACUUCGGCCGGCGACCAACUCCUUCAGCUGUCACUCACACUGUCAACAACCCCCCGGCGGCGCGACGCCCGGGUGCAGGCAAGGCGUAGAGGCAUCAGCAAAAACAGGCCGGGCGGUCGGCGUCCCCGGUCGAACCCGGUCCCCGAGGGCAAAUCGGAAACCAUUCCGGCUCCGUACCCGUGGGCCACGAACCAGCGGGCCCGGAUCCACACGAUGAGCCACCUCAUGAGCCAAGGGAUCACGUCCAUAACGGGGCAGGUGCAGUGCAAGAAGUGCGAGGAGCGGUACGAGAUGUCGUACGACCUGGUGUCCAAGUUCGAGGAAGUGGCGGCGUUCAUAAGCGAGAACAAGUACACGAUGCACGACCGGGCGCCCGCCGUCUGGAGCGACCCGACCCUGCCCGACUGCAGGGCCUGCGGGGGAACCGACUGCGCCAAGCCCGUCAUGGCCAAGAAGCGGGACAUCAACUGGCUCUUCCUCUUGCUCGGCCAGCUCAUCGGCUGCUGCAAGCUCUGGGAUUUGAAGUACUUCUGCAAGCACACCAGCAACCAUCGGACCGGGGCCAAGGACCGGGUCUUGUACUUGACCUAUUUGGCGCUUUGCAAGCAGCUGGUGCCAUCGGGUCCUUUCGAUGCCUGAUCGAUCAUCAUCACUCUUUGUUUUUGUUUUAGGCUUCACUCACUUUUCUUGUUAGUAGACUAGAAUAGAUCCUCUUUUAUAAAUUAUUAUAAUAUAACAAGAAAAAUCAUCGGUUUACUUCAUCAGAGAAAAUACUUACGAGUUGGAAUGGAAUAAAGCGAUCUAUUUGUA